UUGGAAGUCUCGCAUGGGUGUGCAUUUCCAGCAAAAUUUUGUCAACAAAACGUCAAUUUUCUGCCAAACUCGUUGAUAAAAAUCGAAAUGGCUGGUAGACUUCCUGCGGUGGUUCUGGAUGGUGGUACCGGCUACACCAAAAUGGGCUAUGCUGGGAACACCGAGCCGCAGUUCAUUGUGCCGUCUGCCAUUGCCGUCAAAGAAGGAGCGGAGGCCGCCAAGAAGGUUAAUAAAGGUGUCAGCGACCUUGACUUCUUCAUUGGAGACGAGGCCAUAGAUGCACCAAGAUAUGCUACAAAGUGGCCCAUACGUCACGGUAUUGUCGAAGACUGGGACUUGAUGGAAAGGUUUUAUGAACAGGCAAUCUUCAAAUAUCUCCGAGCAGAACCAGAGGAUCACUAUUUCCUUUUGACGGAACCUCCACUAAAUACACCAGAAAACCGAGAGUAUACUGCUGAAAUCAUGUUUGAGUCUUUCAAUGUUCCUGGCCUUUACAUUGCCGUACAGGCUGUUCUUGCCCUUGCCGCGUCGUGGACGUCACGACAGGUUGGAGAGAGGACACUCACUGGGACGGUCAUCGACUCUGGGGACGGUGUCACUCAUGUUAUACCAGUGGCCGAGGGCUACGUGAUUGGUAGCUGUAUUAAACACAUCCCAAUCGCUGGGCGAGAUAUCACCUACUUCAUCCAGCAGCUAUUGAGAGAGAGGGAAACAGGCAUUCCACCAGAGCAGUCUCUGGAAACUGCUAAAGCUAUAAAGGAAAAGUUUAGUUAUAUCUGCCCAGACAUAGUGAAAGAAUUUACCAAAUAUGACCAAGACCCGGCCAAAUGGAUCAAAAACUUUGAUGGCAAGAAUUCAAUAACGAAGCAGCCAUUCUGCGUGGAUGUAGGAUACGAGCGAUUCUUAGGCCCAGAAAUAUUCUUCCACCCUGAAUUUGCCAACCCUGAUUUCAACACCCCCAUCUCAGAGGUGGUUGAUACUGUGAUCCAGAAUUGUCCAAUUGAUAAUAGGAGAGGGUUAUAUAAGAAUAUUGUACUCUCUGGUGGCUCAACAAUGUUCCGAGACUUUGGCCGACGGCUGCAACGUGAUGUAAAACGUGUCACAGAUGCCAGGUUGAAACUUAGUGCUGAACUUAGCGGGGGUAAAUUAAAGCCAACACCAAUUGAUGUGCAAGUGAUCACCCAUCAUAUGCAGCGAUAUGCCGUCUGGUUUGGGGGCAGUAUGUUAGCAUCGACGCCUGAAUUCUAUGAAGUGUGUCACACGAAGGCAGACUACGACGAGCAUGGUCCGAGUAUCUGUCGUCACAAUCCUGUGUUUGGUGUUAUGUCCUAGACAACGGUUACUAUGGUGCUCAACUUCAACAAUCGUCACCAGAGGACUCUGUUCAAGACCACUCUCUCUCGGCGUACUGCGUUACAUUCUGGAUUCUGAUUUGCUUUGUAUUAUUUGCGUUGGUCGAAUGAGACAGAAAACACACCUCCAGUAGUGUUGGAUCAGAUGUUGGCAGAGCCCUCUGGUGAGAGAUUGUCUGUCAUCUCCAGGUUUGCCUGGUUGUAAUCUUAGGGUUAAUCACAUGCCCCAGGAUAUCGGAAGGAGGAUACGUUUACCCUAGCACACACCUAUAGAACUAACACAAUUGAAAACUGUUUCUGUAGAAGAACAACUGAUUUCAUUAUUUUCAGUCAUGAUGGUUUGUCUUUAAUCCGGGUCAGCUUCAAUUUCAUCUCGCAAGAUCCAUUCCAUCGUCAAGUAGGAUCUUCAGAAAUGUUACACCAUACGCUGGCUUUGUCAGCUGAUUGAGUUAGAUUAGUUUGUAAUGAAGUUCUACUCAAACCUGGGUAUUUAGACUCAAAUGUCAGCCGUUGACUGACCAAUUAUGAUUGAAUCUAGGCCCACUCAUCACUCUUAAAGGAAGUGUAUUAUUCAGGGGGUACUAGUUAGGAUUGUGCAUGCUUGCUUUCAAAAGUUAUGCUUCUUUGGGCUUUGCGAGUCCUUUUGAACAAAAUAUGAAAUCUUUAGGAAGGAAACAAUACGAUGUCUACAAUUUCAAAAGGGUCCUUCAUAUUUGUCUUUGUACUUUGAAUCACAUUGUUAUAGCGUGCAUGAAGUGGCAUUGAAUGAAUGCCUUCGACUAUAGCAAAACAUCCUAUCAUCAAGGUGUAACCUUGAACAUCUCUUGGAUUAUUGUCUUGUGUGGAUGGGACCAUUCUGGGGGUGUUGAUGACUUCUAGCUCAGCUGGCUUUAGGUGAAGAAGUUUCUAGUGAGUGAUCUUAGUUUCACAGAUACUGUCGAGCUCGGUUAUAAUGAAAUAUACUUAUAACGAAGAUUUCACAAUUCCUCAUUAAUAACUCGCAUAUUAGCAAGUAUAAACCAUACUUGAUAUUAGUAAUAUCAAAAAUGGAGUCUUGGUGAAAGUGAUUGUUUAUAACUUAACCAAAAUCCUUAGAAUCGGGUUCAACUUUACCUAUCAACAAUAGACCAGACACAGAAUAGUGGCAAAUGUAAUUAAAGCAUGUCAUAGCUGCACACACCCAUCUUGAUGUACAGUUGUACUUGAACUUUUGUGUCAGCCAUAAUUAGGAUAACUGGUAUAGUUAAGGAGGGGGGAUUUGGUGGUACAGGGCCCUAAUUGUGAUAAAUGGUCUCGUGUCCGUUUCGUAUUUUAUGCAUAGAUCUUCUGCUCAGAAUUGAAAGGGCAGACAUGUUUUUCCUUAUUCAAAAUAAAUCAUUGAAUGGAAGUAUUUUUUAGGUGUGAAAUUGAGUAAUGUGCGAUUUGUAAAAGCAAAGGGUACUUAAAAUUUCCUAUCAAAUUAUGUGCUAAAUUUCGUGAUUUUCCUUGUUGUUAAAAAAAUAUCACAAAUGAGGAUUCAGACGAAAGUUGUUGUGACUCGCGUCGGAAAGAUGUCUGGUGGUAAAUAUGGGUGAUUAUGAGUUUCUUUCCUUUAGUUUUGGCCAUUUGCAAUAAGGUUCUGUUGUAAUAUUCCAAGAUAUUUGUGGUGAAUUCCACAGAAAUGCUUCAAAAGAAGCUGAUUGUGUUCUGUGUAAAUGAACAGUCUUCAUUUCAAAACAGGAUUUGUAAAGUUCAUAUAUUUAUUUGGAAAUUGUGAUUUCAAUUCACCAACAGUGUUAUCUCCGCUUUAGAAAUGUUUGGUCAACUCUUUUAUUUCUGGUUGCAAAUAUAUUCUGACAUCCAUAAUUGGUAGCUUGAUGAUCACGGCUGAUGCAGAGAGUUGCUGGUGUAAUCUACUUAUUAGAUAGACUUAGGUCACUCAAGUUGUAAGAAGGAUGUGUUGCAAAGAAAAUGAAGUUCACUGGUCUCAGUGUUAUGGUCUCAAGAGUCUGAUGACCUUGGUUUAUUACAAUACAACUGCCCACAUUGGCUUCUUGGAAACAAGGCUGCGGCAUUUCAUUUUGACACACCCUGUAAUCCCUAUUGAGACGGAUACUGAAGUGACAAUUGUCAUGGCACUUCAGAGAGGUGCAAACCAGGUUUAUUUCAGAAAAAUUAUUAAAUUUUGCUGUGAAAAGAAAAAGACGAGGAUUUUCAGCGUGAGAAGCGCCCUUCUUUCUCCAAAUCCUGAAUCCACAUCUGAUAGGUAAUUGUUCGUUUUGUUUUGGUGAACAUCAUUUGUAAUUUCCAACUAAAACUUCUGUUUCUUUGUGCGAGAUCUUUCUUUCAAAUUAUUACGCUUUUGAAAAGAAAUAGUUUUAAGUAAACCAUGAUAUGUUUAUGAUUAUAGGUUCAUAAUUUAGUUAAUAAUGACAUGAAUUAUUAAGGAUUGUAUAAAGUUAAUGUAUUACUUGUAUAUGCAGAGGUACUAUAAACUUUUUCAUAAGAAUAAAUCGAACUUAACGAA